AUGCCUAAGAAGAGAGCUUCCAACGGUAGAAACAAGAACGGUAGAGGUCACGUCAAACCAGUUAGAUGCGUUAACUGCUCUAAGAGUGUCCCUAAGGAUAAGGCCAUCAAGAGAAUGGCUAUCAGAAACAUCGUUGAAGCUGCUGCCAUCAGAGACAUGUCCGAGGCUUCUGUCUACGCUGAAUACGCUCUUCCAAAGACUUACAACAAGUUGCACUACUGUGUUUCUUGUGCUAUUCACGCAAGAAUCGUGAGAGUCAGAUCUAGAGCUGACAGAAGAAUCAGAACUCCUCCUCAGAGGCAAAGAUUCAACAGGGACAACAGAGUCUCCCCUGCCGAUGCCGCCAAGAAGGCUUUGUAA